ACUAGCUAAUUAAAAAUUAACUAGUCAUAUAUUAUUUUUAACAACUUCAAUUCGAUGAAACUUCCCUUUCAUAUUAUUGGAGAUCAAACAACCCAUCGCAAAUCACCUUUUUUUUUUCUGUUUCCAUGAAAAAGAAUACACUUUUUGCAUAUAUAAAAAAUUUAAAAAUUUAAAUUUAUAAGCUCAUAUCAUGAAACAAAUAUAUAUCGUCAACUAAUUAUUGGUUCACUGAAUUGCUGCAGAUAUAAAUUGGAACAUUUAUUGAAGUAACAAUAAGAAAGAUGAUCUCAGAAGUAACAGCUAGCAACUCCACAAACGACAUCGGAGCUUUUGAGGGAUAAAUGGUCGCUGAGUCGCCGAGUUCUGUUCGAAAAGUGAUUGUUCAAUUAAAAGCAACUGCUGAUGCUCCUAUACUUAAGCAAAACAAGUUUAAGAACUUUGGCGUUGAUGGUAAACUGCUGAUCAAUUGUGCUUGUUCCAUGGCAUGGGGCUAAUUAUCACUCAGGGAUAUGAUGUUUCUGCACUUUUCAUAAUAUUUAUUCAUACAAGAGCACGUGACUUGUGGAUAAACUAAAGAUUUUGAUAAUCCAGAUGGGGAUUGAAAAUGGAAGAUCCCCAUGUAUUUUACACCAUUAAUAUAUCUCACUUAGACUGCUCACUUCGUUGCCUUUAUGAAUAUUCGGGCUACUGGGUUGGAGCACUUUGAAUCAUUGACUUGUACUCUCUCACAUUAUUCAAUUAAAAAUCAUUUGGCCUCCCAACCUUUUAAAUGCAAUUUGACUUAAAGAUGAGUGAUGCUUUAACAUGUACUGUUUGUCUUUGUUUGCUCAAGGAUUCUUUGGGCUGUCAAUGCCAGCUAUCUAUCAAUUGUUAGAUUAAA